GUGACGUAACUGCAGGCGAUCGAGGGCGGGCUGCCGCCGUCGCCGCCUUCCCCGCCGCCUGGCGCGCGGGCCGCGCCGCCGUCCCGCGCGCGCGGCCUUCGAGCGGGCGUGCACGGAAGCGGGAGGAGCAAGAGCGCGAAAGCAGGCUCAACGAGGAGAAGAGGGAGCUCCGCCUGGAGAAGUGGGCGCUGCCGGAGGAGCGGGCCUCCUUGGGCGAGUUCCGUGUGAAGAAGGAAAGAAAGGUGAAGAAGGAGAAGAAACGAAAGAAGGCCUCCGGCAAGCUCAAGCAGGAGGGCGAAUACCCACCAAAGGAUCUGCGUCGCAGUCCGCCGCUGGCGGGGUAG